UCAGGGGUUCAAUUCCAGGCCUUCUCUUCGUCGUUUCUUCGUUCCUUUGCAUUGCCUUUCGAUCUCUCUAUAAAUUCCCAUUUUUGAUCAAUUGAUCGAGUGGGGGAUCUCUCAGAGUGUGGGAAUUUGGUUUCUAGGGCUUAAAUUUUGGGUUUUUUUUAGUGUUUUUGAUCUGAAUUUAAGGUAAAACGCUAACCCUAACCCCUAGAUCGUAGUCAUGGCGCGGGGGCGCGGCAGGGACGUGGAUGAUGAGGAGGAGGAGAUGGAAGAGGAGGAGAUGGAGGAAGAGGAGGAAGAUGAUGAGGAGGUUGGGGGGAGGGGAGGAGGAGGAGGGAGGAAGCGACGGAGAUCUGAUUUUAUUGAUGAUACUGCUGUGGAGGAUGAUGAUGAGGAGGAGUAUGAGGAUGAGGAUGAUGAGGAGUAUGGUGGUGGUGGUGGUGGUGGUGGAGGUGCUCGGAAGGGUCGGAAAGAGAGUAGGAGGUCGGGUUCAGAGUUCUUUGAGCUUGAAGCCGCGGUGGAUAGCGAUGAGGAAGAGGAGGAGGAGGAGGAGGGCGAUGAUGAUUUUAUCGACCAAGGGGCUGACUUACCUGACGAGGAUGAUGUUAGAAGAGCACGUCAGAGUUCAAGAGCUUUUAUGCAAGAUGAAAACGAAGAUGUGGAGGAUUUGGAGAGAAGAAUUAAUGAAAGAUAUAGAAGGCCAGUCCAUAUAGAAUAUGGUGAGGAUGCUACUGAUGUUGAGCAGCAAUCUCUUCUGCCAUCAGUUAAGGAUCCAAAACUAUGGAUGGUAAAAUGUGCGAUUGGUCAUGAGCGUGAGACCGCUAUCUGCCUCAUGCAAAAGUUCAUUGAUAGGUCAGAUAUCCAGAUCAGAUCCGCUGUUGCUUUGGAUCAUCUAAAAAACUACAUCUAUGUUGAAGCAGACAAAGAAGCCCAUGUUAAGGAGGCUUGCAAAGGUUUAAGGAAUAUAUUCAGCUCAGCAAAAAUCAUGCUUGUGCCUAUAAAGGAGAUGACUGAUGUUCUUUCUGUUGAGAGCAAAUCUGUUGAUCUCUCCAGGGACACAUGGGUCCGAAUGAAACUUGGCAUAUACAAAGGAGAUCUUGCUAAAGUUGUUGAUGUUGAUAAUGUUCGACAGAAGGUUACAGUCAAGCUGAUCCCCAGAAUUGACUUACAAAUGAUUGCUAAUAAAUUGGAAGGUAGGGAGGUUGUGAAGAAAAAGACAUUUGUUCCCCCUGCUCGUUUUUUUAAUAUUGAUGAAGCAAGAGAGAUGCACAUCCGUGUCGAACGGAGGAGGGACAGAGACACUGGUGACUAUUAUGAAACCAUAGAUAAUAUGAUGUUCAAAGAUGGAUUUCUAUAUAAAACAGUGUCUAUGAAGUCAAUUAGUGCUCAGAAUAUACAGCCAACUUUUGAUGAGCUUGAAAAAUUUCGGAAGCCUGGAGAAGACGGCAAUGGUGAUGUGGCUAGUUUGUCUACUUUAUUUGCAAACAGAAAGAAAGGUCACUUUAUGAAGGGUGAUGCUGUUGUUGUCAUUCGUGGUGAUCUAAAAAAUCUUAUGGGAUGGGUGGAAAAAGUAGAAGAAGAGAAUGUUCAUAUCCGACCAAAGAUGUCGGGCUUGCCAAAAACUCUGGCUUUUAAUGAGAAGGAGCUGUGCAAGUAUUUUAAACCUGGAGAUCAUGUGAAAGUGGUCUCUGGUGUUCAGGAAGGUGCAACCGGUAUGGUGGUGAAGGUUGACGGCCAUGUUCUCACCAUCUUAUCAGACAGUACCAAAGAAGAUAUCCGUGUUUUUGCCGAUAAUGUUGUGGAGAGUUCUGAAGUAACUGCAGGCAUUACUAGAAUUGGGGAUUAUGAGUUGCAUGAUCUUGUACAGCUCGACAACCUGUCGUUUGGCGUAAUAAUCCGUGUGGAAAAUGAAGCAUUUCAGGUGCUUAAAGGAGUUCCAGAUAGGCCUGAGGUUGUGCUUGUUAAACUGAGGGAAAUCAAAAGCAAAAUUGAAAGACGGGCUAAUGCCCAAGAUAGAUCUCGGAACAUAGUUUCUUCUAAGGAUGUUGUGAGGGUUCUAGAGGGACCGUGCAAGGGGAAGCAAGGUCCUGUUGAACACAUACACAAAGGGAUCCUUUUCAUUUAUGACCGUCAUCACCUUGAACAUGCUGGUUUCAUUUGUGUGAAAGCUCAGUCUUGCAUUGUUGUUGGUGGAUCAAAUGCUUCUGAUUCAUUUGAUCGAUUUUCUGGGUUGAGAUCUUCUGCUCAGAUCACUCAGUCCCCAAGACUGACUACCAGGGGAGGGAGGCCUCCGAUUGACUUUGGGGGAAGACAUAGAGGUGGAAGAGGAAAUGAUCCUAUAGUUGGUAGAGUUAUCAAGAUUCGCAGAGGUCCUUUGAAAGGAUACCGUGGUCGUGUAAAAGAGGUCACAGGUUCACUUGUGCGGGUUGAACUUGAUUCACAAAUGAAAAUUGUUACAGUUAAAAGAGAUGAAAUUUCUGACAUAGCUGGUACCAUUGGAACCCCAGGCCGUGAAACACCUAGAUAUGGCUUUGGUAGUGAAACACCUUUGCACCUGCCUCAGACUCCACUACAUCCUUAUCAGACUCCUAUGAGAGAUCCCGAGGUUUCUACACCUAUACACGAUGGUAUGAGAACACCUAUGCGUGAUCGGGCUUGGGCUCCAAUGAGUCCUCCAAGGGACUGGGAAGAUGGCAAUCCCGCCUCUUGGGGAACUAGUCCUCAAUAUCAGCCAGGAACUCCUCCUGCCCGACCUUAUGAGGCACCUACUCCUGGUUCUGGCUGGGCGAACACACCAGGUGGUAAUUAUAGCGACUCGGCAACACCAAGGGAAAGUAGCCCAAUAUAUGGAAAUGCUGCCAGUCCUUAUGUGCCUUCAACACGUGGACAGCCGAUGACUCCUAGUUAAUUGUACCUUCCUGGCACUCCUGGUGGGCAGCCAAUGACACCUGGCAAUGUGGGAUUGGAUGUGAUGUCUCCUGCAAUAGGUGGAGAAGGCGAAGGCACUUGGUUUAUGCCCGAUGUUCUGGUGAACGUCCGACGGGCCGGAGAGGAUUACAAUAUCGGAGUUGUUAGGGAGGUGCUGAUGGAUGGAUCCUAUAAGGUUGCUCUUGGAUCAACAGGCAACGGCGACCUUGUAACAGCCCUGCAAACCGAAUUGGAAAAAGUAAGACCUAAGAAAUCCGACAAGAUCAAGAUCAUGAAUGGCUCGUUACGUGGGUACACCGGAAAACUCAUCGGUAUCGAUGGCUCGGACGGAAUAGUAAAACUCGAUGAGACUUAUGAAGUCAAGAUAUUGGAUAUGGAUAUCCUUGCCAAACUUGCAAUGCAGUAAAAAGGUCAGUCAUUUUUCCAGGAUCAUCAAAUUGAGAUGUGCUUCAUCUUUCCACGUAAUUCUUUGCUUAAGGGAAUACUUGACCAUGGAGCUGUAAAAUGUAUAUUUUGUCUUCAAAAAUAGAAUUUUAUUGUGAUGUAGUUUGGUGAGAAAAAUUAAUUUGAUCUUUUAAUAGCAAGUGUUGGCAAUUGGUUGAUUAGAUA